GUGCUGUACAGGCCUGACAUUGCCGAUCUCGAAAACAGGGUGAGACCGACCCCUCCACCCAGUUUACGAAGUAAUUAUGAUUUUAUCAUAAUCGGGGGUGGCUCCGCGGGUUCCGUAUUGGCCAACCGAUUGUCCGAAAAUGAAAAAUGGUCGGUGUUGCUGCUCGAAGCUGGACCGAACGAACCUUACGCGACCGAUAUAACAAUGAUGUCUACGAGACUAGAACCGAGUUCGUUAUUCUGGAAUUUUACAACCCUUCCAUCAGCUAAUUAUUGCAUAAGCCAAGAGAUUGGGUGCAAUUGGGGUCACGGCAGGGCGCUUGGCGGAAGCAGCGUAGUAAAUUCAAUGAUGUAUACUCGUGGCAACAGACACGAUUAUGACCGCUGGGAGGAAGCGGGCAACCCAGGAUGGAACUACGAAAGCGUGUUACCGUAUUUCAAGAAAUCCGAAGACAUGAGAAUCGAAGAAUAUCAAGAAUCACCCUACCACGGCGUCGGUGGAUAUCUGACCGUCGAAUAUUUCGGUUAUUAUGCACCUAUAACUGAAUAUUUCAUGGAAGCCAUAAAGGAAAGGGGUUACGACGAAGUCGACGUGACCGGAGCCAAUCAAACCGGAUUCAGUUUUUGUAUGGGAACGGUGAGGGAUGGUAUGAGAUGCAGCGCUGCGAAGGCUUUCCUUCGUCCAGCUUGGAGGAGGAGUAAUUUACAUAUCAGCACCGACUCUUACGUGGAAAAAAUCUUGGUACGAGAUGGUGAGUACAAGUAUCGUGUUGUGCAUUUAGAGUUUCGAUUUGUAGAAACACAAACAUUAUUUAAAAUAGGGAAAUAAAGAUUUGCUACCCCA